GAAGCAGCGGCGGCGGCGGCGGCUGGAGUGAGCGCCCGGCUCGCCGCGCAGACCGGGGCCCGGGCAGGGCUGCGCGCGGGGCCGCGUCCUGCCCCUCAGGCCCGGGGCCGCGCCGGCCGUCGUGCUCCGCCCGCUCCCGGUGCUUUCGUAGAAGCAUGAUUAUUUGUUGCACUUGAUCUCACAACCUGGUGAGGACUUCUUUACUGAUAAUGUCAAGUUCAGGUUAUCCUCCCAACCAAGGAGCCUUCAGUGCAGAGCAAAGCCGUUAUCCUCCUCACUCUGUUCAGUACACCUUUCCCAGCACCCGACACCAGCAGGAGUUUGCAGUCCCUGAUUAUCGUCCUUCUCAUCUGGAGGUCAGCCAGGCAUCACAGCUCCUGCAGCAGCAGCAGCUUCGAAGGCGGCCUUCCCUGCUUUCAGAGUUUCACCCAGGUUCUGACAGGCCUCAAGAAAGGAGACCUGGAUACGAGCAGUUUCACCCGGGCCCUUCCCCAGUGGAUCACGAUUCCCUGGAGUCCAAGCGACCACGUCUGGAGCAAGUUUCUGAUUCCCAUUUCCAGCGGGUCAGCGCUGCGGUCUUACCUUUAGUGCACACGCUGCCAGAAGGGUUGAGGUCUUCUGCAGAUGCUAAGAAGGAUCCAGCAUUUGGAGUCAAACAUGAAGCUCCUUCCUCUCCGAUCUCCGGGCAGCCGUGUGGAGAUGACCAAAAUGCUUCACCUUCAAAACUUUCAAAGGAAGAGUUGAUACAGAGUAUGGACCGUGUGGACCGGGAAAUUGCGAAAGUGGAGCAGCAGAUCCUUAAACUGAAAAAGAAACAACAACAGCUCGAAGAAGAAGCCGCUAAACCUCCAGAGCCUGAGAAGCCUGUGUCCCCUCCUCCCGUGGAGCAGAAACACCGCAGUAUUGUCCAAAUUAUUUAUGAUGAGAAUCGGAAAAAAGCAGAAGAAGCUCAUAAAAUAUUUGAAGGUCUUGGCCCAAAAGUUGAACUGCCACUCUAUAACCAACCAUCAGAUACCAAGGUGUACCAUGAGAACAUCAAGACUGGAGUACCUGCAAGGCGCAUGAUGAAAAACCAGGUGAUGAGGAAAAAACUCAUUUUAUUUUUUAAAAGAAGAAAUCAUGCAAGAAAACAAAGGGAACAAAAAAUCUGCCAGCGUUAUGAUCAGCUCAUGGAGGCAUGGGAGAAAAAAGUGGACAGAAUAGAAAAUAAUCCUCGGAGGAAAGCUAAAGAAAGCAAAACAAGGGAGUACUAUGAAAAACAGUUUCCAGAAAUUCGAAAGCAAAGAGAACAGCAAGAGCGGUUUCAGCGAGUUGGCCAGAGGGGAGCUGGUCUUUCAGCCACCAUUGCUAGGAGUGAGCAUGAGAUUUCUGAAAUUAUUGAUGGGCUCUCUGAACAGGAGAAUAAUGAGAAACAAAUGCGACAGCUUUCUGUGAUCCCACCCAUGAUGUUUGAUGCAGAACAGAGACGGGUCAAGUUCAUUAACAUGAAUGGGCUUAUGGAGGACCCUAUGAAGGUUUAUAAAGAUAGGCAGUUCAUGAAUGUUUGGACUGACCAUGAGAAGGAGAUCUUUAAGGACAAGUUUAUCCAGCAUCCAAAAAACUUUGGACUUAUUGCAUCUUACUUGGAAAGGAAGAGUGUUCCUGAUUGUGUUUUGUAUUACUACUUAACCAAGAAAAAUGAGAAUUAUAAAGCCCUAGUAAGAAGGAACUAUGGAAAACGUAGAGGAAGAAACCAGCAGCAAAUUGCCCGACCUUCACAAGAAGAAAAAGUAGAAGAAAAAGAAGAAGAUAAAGCAGAAAAAACAGAAAAAAAAGAGGAGGAAAAGAAAGAUGAAGAAGAAAAAGAUGAAAAGGAGGACUCUAAAGAAAAUACUAAGGAAAAGGAUAAGACAGAAGGUACAGCAGAAGAAACUGAGGAGAGAGAGCAGGCCACACCCCGGGGCCGAAAGACUGCCAACAGUCAGGGCCGCCGAAAGGGCCGGAUCACCAGGUCCAUGACCAGUGAGGCCGCAGCUGCUAGCGCUGCAGCUGCCGCAGCCACUGAGGAGCCCCCACCACCUCUGCCACCGCCACCGGAACCCAUUUCUACAGAACCUGUAGAAACCUCUCGAUGGACAGAAGAAGAAAUGGAAGUUGCUAAAAAAGGUCUGGUAGAACAUGGUCGUAACUGGGCAGCAAUUGCCAAAAUGGUGGGAACUAAAAGUGAAGCCCAAUGUAAAAACUUCUAUUUUAACUAUAAAAGGCGACACAAUCUUGAUAACCUCUUGCAGCAGCAUAAACAGAAAGCCUCACGGAAGCCUCGUGAAGAGCGAGAUGUGUCUCAGUGUGAAAGUGUAGCUUCCACGGUGUCUGCUCAGGAGGACGAGGACAUUGAAGCCUCCAAUGAAGAGGAGAACCCCGAGGACAGUGAAGGUGCUGAAAAUAGUUCUGAUACAGAAAGUGCUCCUUCUCCUUCACCAGUUGAAGCUGUCAAGCCCGGCGAAGACAGCACUGAAAACGCGCCUCCUCGAGGGACCGCUGAGCCCGCGGCCGAGCUGGAGGCCACCCCCGGCACCGUGCCCAGGGCCUCUCCCUCGCCGGCAGUUUCGAGCACAAAAGCAGCCGAGGGGGACCGUGGGGAGACCCAGGCGAGCGACAGCGCAGCAGUGGACCCAGCAGAGCCGAUGGACGUGGAGCACGAGGCGUGCGGGGCUGAAGACACUGCCGCUCUUGACCUCCCCUCGGUUGCCGAGGCCGAUGCUGUGGAUGCUGACACGCGGGCGCCGGAAAGCAGUCCAUCCAGAGUCGAAGGGGACCCCAAAGACAGAGACCUGGAGGGAAGCGGCGAGAAGCCGGAGCCCGGAGACGACGCCCUGGGGGCAGCGCAGCAGAUGAGCGCCCCAAGGCCUGAGCCCCCUUCCGACCACGACUCCAGCGCCACGUGCAGUGCCGACGAGGACGUGGACGGGGAGCUGGAGAGGCAGCGAAUGUUUCCUAUGGAUUCAAAGCCUUCAUUGUUAAACCCCACUGGAUCUAUACUGGUCUCAUCCCCAAUCAAACCAAAUCCACUGGACCUGCCACAGCUUCAGCAUCGAGCUGCAGUCAUCCCACCAAUGGUCUCCUGCACCCCCUGUAACAUACCGAUUGGGACUCCCGUGAGCGGCUACGCCCUCUACCAGCGACACAUCAAAGCCAUGCACGAGUCCGCACUUCUGGAGGAGCAGCGGCAGAGGCAGGAGCAGGGGGACCUGGAGUGCAGGAGCUCCCCGAGCCCGUGUGGCGCCUCCAGGAGCCCGAGCAGAGAGUGGGAAGGAAAAUCAGUCGCCUAUAUGCCUUAUGCUGAGGUCACACGUGCUCUAGAACAGGAAGCACAGAUGCACAGUACCGCAGCAAGGUCAGCAUCACCGUGUAGGCUCUCUCCGAGAGAAGUCAGUAAAGCCGCGCCACAGCCCGAUGUGCGUGCAGCCCGCUGUAGUGUCCCGCCAGUCCUCCAGCCUGCUCCACAUCAAGUGAUAACUAACCUCCCUGAAGGGGUUCGGCUUCCGACAACUCGACCCACUAGGCCACCUCCUCCUCUCAUCCCAUCAUCCAAAACCACAUUGGCUUCAGAAAAACCAUCUUUUAUACUGGGAGGCUCCAUAUCACAGGGAACACCCGGCACUUACUUGCCUUCUCCUAAUCAGGCCUCCUACGCUCCCGAGGCAGCGAAGCCCUCCGCCGGCUCCAUCUCCCUGGGACUCCCGCGGCAGCAGGAGGCCGCCAAGCCAGCUGCCGUGCCCUACAUCAAGCAGGAAGAGUUUUCUCCCCGAAGCCAGAACUCACAACCUGAGGGUCUGUUGGUCAGAGCCCAACAUGAAGGAGUGGUCAGAGGUACCACAGGCGCCAUUCAAGAAGGAAGUAUAACUCGGGGAACUCCCUCCAGCAAACUUUCGGUGGAGAGCAUCCCAUCCCUCCGUGGCUCUAUCACCCAGGGGACCCCGGCUCUGUCGCAGGCUGGCAUACCAACUGAGGCUUUAGUAAAGGGACCCAUUUCCAGACUGUCCAUUGAAGAGAGCAGUCCUGAGAAAGGCCGAGAGGAAGCUGCAUCCAAAGGUCAUGUUAUCUAUGAAGGCAAGAGUGGACACAUCUUAUCCUACGAUAAUAUUAAGAAUGCCCGCGAAGGGACGAGGAGUCCAAGGACAGCUCAUGAGCUCAGUCUCAAAAGGAGCUAUGACUCCGUGGAGGGCGCUGUAAAGCCAGGCUUGUCCAUGAGGGAGGCUCCUGCGUCAGCUCCGCUGGAGGGGCUGAUCUGCCGAGCAUUACCCAGGGGGAGCCCUCACUCCGACCUGCGAGAAAGGACUGUGCUGUCUGGCUCCAUAAUGCAGGGCACACCAAGAGCAACAAGUGAAAGUUUUGAAGAUGGCCUGAAGUACCCCAAGCAGAUUAAGAGGGAGAGCCCACCCAUGCGUGCGUUUGAAGGCGCCAUCACCAAAGGAAAGCCGUACGACGGCAUCACCACCAUCAAGGAGAUGGGGCGCUCCGUCCAUGAGAUCCCGCGGCAGGACGCAUUAGCCCAGGAGAGCCGCAAGACUCCGGACAUGGCGCAGAGCACGCGGCCCGUCGUUGAGGGCUCCAUCUCCCAGGGCACGCCGAUCAAAUUUGACAGCAGCUCCGGUCAAUCUGCCAUCAAGCACAAUGUCAAAUCCUUGAUCACGGGGCCCAGCAAGCUACCCCGUGGGAUGCCUCCGCUGGAAACUGUGCCAGAGAGCAUAAAAGUGGUAGAACGGGGAAAGUACGAGGAUGUGAAAGCAGGCGAGCCUGUGCGUUCCCGGCACACGUCGGUGGUAAGCUCUGGCCCCUCGGUUCUCAGGUCAACGCUUCAUGAAGCUCCCAAAGCACAGCUGAGCCCGGGGAUUUACGACGACACCAGCGCACGGCGGACGCCGGGGAGCUACGCCGGCAGCGCGUCCAGAGGCUCGCCCAUGAUGAGCAGAGCUGCCGAGGUUACAAUUUCUUCUAGCAAGUCUACCAAUCAUGAAAGGAAGUCGACGCUGACCCCUACCCAGAGGGAGAGCAUUGCAGCGAAGUCUCCAGUGCCUGGGGUGGACCCUGCAGUGAGCCACAGCCCUUUUGAGCCGCACCACAGGGGCGGUGCCCCAGGCGAGGUGUACCGGAGCCACCUGCCCGCACAUCUGGACCCAGCCAUGCCGUUUCACCGGGCUCUGGACCCUGCAGCUGCUGCUUACCUGUUCCAGAGACAGCUGUCCCCAACUCCCGGUUAUCCCAGUCAGUACCAGCUGUAUGCGAUGGAGAACACGCGGCAGACCAUCCUCAACGACUACAUCACCUCUCAGCAGAUGCAAGUGGGCCUGCGCCCGGACGUGGCCAGGGGGCUGUCUCCCCGGGAGCAGCAGCUGGGUCUCCCAUACCCAGCAACCAGGGGAAUCAUUGACCUGACCAAUAUGCCUCCAGCAAUUCUAGUGCCUCAUCCGGGGGGAACGAGCACGCCCCCCAUGGACAGAAUCACUUAUAUUCCAGGCACGCAGAUCACCUUCCCCCCCAGGCCGUACAACUCUGCGUCCAUGUCUCCAGGGCACUCGACACACCUUGCUGCCGCGGCAAGUGCUGAGAGAGAGCGGGAGCGGGAGAAGGAGCGGGAGCGCCUCGCUGCAGCCUCCUCGGACCUCUACCUGAGGCCAGGCUCAGAGCAGCCUGGCCGGCCCAGCAGCCAUGGCUACGUUCGCUCCCCAUCCCCCUCGGUCAGAGCUCAGGAGACCCUGCUGCAGCAGAGACCCAGCGUUUUCCAGGGAACCAAUGGAACCAGCGUGAUCACACCUUUGGACCCAAGCGCGCAGCUGCGGAUCAUGCCGCUGCCUGCUGGGGGCCCUUCCAUCAGCCAGGGCCUGCCGGCCUCCCGUUACAACACUGCUGCGGACGCCCUGGCUGCUCUUGUGGACGCUGCAGCGUCUGCUCCCCAGAUGGACGUGUCCAAAACAAAAGAGAGUAAGCAUGAAGCGGCCAGGUUAGAAGACAAUUUGAGGAGCAGGUCAGCAGCAGUUAGUGAGCAGCAGCUAGAGCAGAAAAGCCUGGAGGCGGAGAAGAGACCUGGUCAGUGUCUGUACACUUCUUCAGCCCUGCCGAGUGGCAAGCCCCAGCCUCAUUCUGCACUAGUUUACUCUGAGGCUGGGAAAGAGAAAGGGCCUCCUCCAAAGUCCAGAUAUGAGGAAGAGCUCAGGACCCGAGGGAAGACCACCAUUACCGCAGCUAACUUCAUAGACGUGAUCAUCACCCGGCAAAUUGCCUCGGACAAGGAUGCAAGGGAACGUGGCUCCCAGAGUUCAGACUCUUCCGGUAGCUUAUCUUCUCACCGGUAUGAAACCCCUGGCGAUGCCAUUGAGGUGAUAAGCCCCGCCAGCUCCCCCGCGCCGCCGCCCGAGAGGCUGCAGGCCUACCAGCCGGAGGUCAUGAAGGCCAGCCAGGCAGAAAACGAGGCCCCCAGACAGUACGAAGGACCAUUGCAUCACUAUCGGCCGCAGCAGGAGUCGCCCUCCCCGCAGCAGCCGCCGCCGCCCCCGUCUUCACAGGCCGAGGGGGUGGGGCAGGUGCCCAGGACACACCGGCUCAUCACACUUGCUGACCACAUCUGUCAAAUUAUCACACAGGAUUUUGCUAGAAAUCAAGUGUCCUCGCAGCCUCCCCAGCAGCCUCCCGCUUCUACAUUCCAAAAUUCACCAUCUGCUUUGGUGUCUACACCUGUGAGGACUAAAACAUCAAACCGAUACAGCCCAGAAUCCCAGUCUCAGUCUGUUCACCAUCAAAGACCAGGUUCAAGGGUCUCUCCAGAAAAUCUUGUGGACAAAUCCAGGGGAAGCAUCAGGCCUGGAAAGUCCCCAGAGAGGAGUCACGUCUCUUCAGAGCCGUACGAGCCCAUCUCCCCACCCCAGGUUCCGGUCGUGCACGAGAAGCAGGACAGCGUGCUGCUGCUGGCCCAGCGUGGAGCCGAGCCCGCGGAGCAGAGGAACGAUUCCCGCUCACCGGGGAGUAUAAGCUACUUGCCUUCAUUCUUCACCAAGCUUGAAAACACGUCACCCAUGGUGAAGUCAAAGAAGCAGGAGAUUUUUCGUAAGUUGAACUCCUCUGGUGGAGGUGACUCUGAUAUGGCAGCUGCUCAGCCAGGAACUGAGAUCUUUAAUCUGCCAGCAGUCACCACCUCAGGUGCGGUCAGCUCCAGAGGCCAUUCGUUUGCUGACCCUGCUAGCAACCUGGGGCUGGAGGACAUCAUCCGGAAGGCGCUCAUGGGGAGCUUUGACGACAAAGCGGAGGAGCAUGGGGUGGCAAUGCCCCAGCCCGUGGGGGUGGUGACCGGCGGUGAGACCCGGAGAGAGGAAGGGGACCCGUCACCUCAUUCAGGAGGAGUUUGCAAACCAAAGCUGAUCAGCAAGUCAAACAGCAGGAAAUCGAAAUCUCCUAUCCCAGGGCAAGGCUACUUGGGCGCUGAGCGGCCCUCCUCGGUCUCCUCGGUGCACUCAGAGGGGGAGUAUCACAGGCAGACACCGGGCUGGGCCUGGGAGGACAGGCCCUCAUCCACAGGCUCGACGCAGUUCCCCUACAACCCCCUGACCAUGCGGAUGCUGUGCAGCACGCCCCCCGCGCCUGCCGCCGCCUGUGUGCCCGCCGCCGCCAGCCCGGCUGCCCCCCACCAGCCGAGCAGGAUCUGGGAGCGGGAGCCGGCCCCGCUGCUCUCCGCGCAGUAUGAGACGCUGUCCGACAGCGACGACUGACCUGCGGGAAGGGGCCCCGGGAAGGGGCUCUAGUGUUUGGUGGUUUCAUUUUUAACUGCGGGCCAGAAGCCUGUCCUUGUAGGGCUUGUGCCAGAGACUUCAGGAAAGCCUGGACCACAGACGAUGAAGAAAGGAUGGAAAUUUAUUUCAAGGGUCAAAUGAGGGGGAAAGGCUGCCUUGAUACAGGCAGUUCAGUGGAUUAUAAGAAUAGUGGAGGGUUGAAAUGUAGAGUUUUUUAAAAGUGGGUUAAUUCCUGUUCUUACAUCUGUUUGUAAAGAAAACCAUAAUGUCUUUAAAUCACUCUCCUGUAAAUAGAUGACCUUUUUGCAGUGUUUCCCCUCGCUCUAGUAUCUGGUGUACUUAUGUUCGAAUCAGCGCAUCGACUUUGGGGGUAAGGUAAUUUUUAAAAAUCUCUCCUCUCUCUUUUUAACCCUUCUAAACAACCUCAAACAGCCCAGUUACAUGGUGUUGGCUGUCACGGGCAUUGUACUUUUAUCCAAUUUUGUUUCCUCUAAACUCAGAUUUCCAGUGAUGUUUAAAAUCUUGUGGAAAUGUUUAGAUUUUUAACACAGACCCUGUCAUAAAAUCUGUACAUUAACGUAUUAGGGUCAAAAGGAGAAACAGAAUUCUGCCAUCGUGUUAAUUUCCAGUGCAGGCUUUAAUUUUUUUUUAAUUGGAAGCACUGAAAAAAAUAGUACUGCAUGAGUAUUGUCAUAGUUCAGUUUCUAACGUUUUACAGGCGUACCUCGCUGUAAUGCGCACUGGUGAUGAACCACGCCCCAAGCACUCUCCUGCAUUUGAUGCAGCCCAGCAAAGCUUCUGUUUUGAAAUAAAUCUGACUGCCCUGUC